AUGUCACAGCAGCGUUCAUCUUCUUCAUCGCCGCCGAAGCGUGAAAGAGAGGUUAUGGAGCCUCGACCGAGUGCGAGGCCCGGUGUCAGCUCACACAACCCGGCCCAUAGCAUCUUACUUCUCUCACCGACAAACCAGGUCCUCCUGCUGCACCGUGUGAAGACAUCAACAUCUUUCGCAUCGGCGCAUGUAUUCCCCGGCGGGAAUCUAGAUCAGUUUCACGAUGGAGAGAUUCCGCCAAGUGAUGCCCGUGAACGGCACGAGGACGGCCACGCGUAUCGGCUAGGUGCCAUCCGUGAGUGCUUUGAGGAGACGGGCAUCCUCCUCGCCACUCGCAAGGGCUCCGAUGACAAGUCUACGCUCGUCAACGUUCCCAUCGCAGAGAGAGAGAAGGCUCGCAAGCAAAUCCACAGCGGCAAGUUGCGCUUCAGCGAAUGGGUCGACAGCGUGGGCGGCGUCCCCGACAUUGGACGCCUCAUCCCCUUCACUAGAUGGGUGACACCCACAAACGUGCCCAAACGUUUCACAACGCAAAUGUACAUUUACAUGCUCCCGCACUCUGCCUCCACCGGCGCCGACGCCGCAGAGAACGAAAUCAUCGUGCCGACUCCGGAUGGCGGCGUAGAGCACACGGCCGCCAAGUUCGACGACGCGUGGACCUGGCUCUACCGCGCCGACAAGGGCGAGAUCAUCCUCUUCCCGCCGCAGUAUUACCUCCUGUACCUGGUCUCGCAGUUCUGCAAGGCCGCCGCCCCAUCCCCGGCGCCCGGCAAGGGCCACGGGGACGCGUACUUUGCGUCGCAGAGGCGGGGCCUGACGGACUUCCUUCACAGAGCGCCUACCGCUGUGACCGAGGCGGGUCGGAAGCAGCCUUCGUCGGAGAUUCCGUGGGCGCACAAGGUGAUGAGCCCGCAUAACUUGUUCAUUCGCGAGGGGGAUAAUCGUAUCGUGCUCGGGCUUGACAAGCCUGGUCCCGAGCUCAAGGGGACGGGCCGCGGAGGCGAUUGGGAGAGGGUUGUGUUGGUCAAGUUUACGAGGGACGGGCCGCGCAAGGUCGAGGUGAGGGGUCGCGAAGAAGUGUUGAGGGAGGAGAAGGAGGCGAAGAGGGCCAGGGAGGCCGAGGAGGAGGGCGAGGGGAGACAUAAGCUUUGA